AUGUCGACCGGUCGCGCUGAGAGUAAGCCCAGAAUCAUUUGCCUGGGUGCCCCAAAGUACAUCGGUAGCAAUUACCUGAAUGAUUUCAGCAAAGAAUUUGACUUCGAGGUGCUUGAAGCCUAUGAUCGCGCCGAGACCAAGGAAAAGCUCCCUUCCUUGGUAAGAGCACGCGGUCCAAUUGACGGGUUCAUUAUCCGCAUGGGCACGCCUCCGUACGAACCCUUCGAUGAGGAUCUUUUGAAAUUGCUCACUCCAGAGUGUCGCAUCAUCACUUCGGCCUCAGCCGGCUUUAACGAAUUCGAUAUCGGUUGGAUGGCCGAGCAGGGUAUCGUUUUUUGCAAUUCCGUGGAUGCAGUAGCCGAGGCAACUGCCGACAUGGCCAUGUUCCUGAUACUUUCCGUUCUAAAGAACGCCUCAAAUGCAGAAAAGAGUGCAAAGGCAGGGAACUGGAGAAAAAAUUUGGUACCCACUCGCGAUCCAACCAAUUUGACAUUGGGAAUCGUUGGCAUGGGCUCCAUAGGCAAGUAUCUUGCUAAGAAGGCCAUCGCCUUCAACAUGAAAAUUCGCUAUCAUAACCGCCGUCGACUUCCGGAAGAGGUUGAGCGGAUCUACAACGCGACAUAUUGCCCUUCAUUGCACGAGCUACUUGGCAGUUCCGAUGUUGUCUCUCUCAAUUGCCCACUCAACCCGGAGACAACAAAUUUAAUCGGUGAGUCUGAGUUCGCCGCGAUGAAGGACGGCGCUUUCUUGGUCAACACAGCUCGCGGUGCCAUAGUUAAAGAGUCUGCCCUGAAGCAGGCCUUGCAAUCAGGAAAAGUUGCACGUGCCGGAGUCGAUGUCUUAUGCGAUGAACCCAAUGUGGAUCCUUGGUUCCUGGAGGAAUCCAAUAAUGUGACCGUGCAGCCGCAUUUGGGCGGCCUUACAGACGUUGCUUUCUAUAAGGCUGAAAAGGAAUGUUUCGAGAACAUCAGGGCCUUCUUUAAAACAGGGAAGGCAAAUAGUCCUGUUAACCUGGGACUUAUGAAGCACUAA